GGAAACCAACGUUUCUAGGGACUUUUCGUGGUUCGUGAUUGCAUCUUGUUAUGUGCAAAAAUCAGGCAAAAAUGCUAUUCACAUCAAUAUCGUUCACUAUUUGCCGCUGUACAGAUCCCCUUUUUUUGUAAUAGGAUCACGGAAUAUUCAGCACGAUCCGUAAAUUACCGAAAUUAAUCAGCAAAAGUGCUAAUAAAUAUUCACACUACAGUGCUUCUACGUCAAGCAGUACUCAUUAAUUGAACACAGACGAUAUUCAGGAAAACCAAAAAUAAAAAGGAAAAAUGGCAGCGCCUAUAUCCCGAGGAUGCAUUCUAUUAUUUAUUCUCAUAAAUGCCGCUUGCACUGAGAGGAUCAAAGACAUGAUAUACAAGCCUUUAGAAGGUGUUGCAGCUUGUUUUCGUCGCCACAAUGGUACUAACCAAUUUGGUUGUUCAUCAAGUCGAUCAGGCAGUGUCGGCGUUAUUCAUAUAAUCGAGGAUGAGGCCGAGCUCGUGUGGUUGGAAAAAAAUGGCAAUGCUGGACCAUAUACAGCUGUUGUACCAUUUUCAAUGUUCACCAGAGAUACUUUAAUUCGGUUACGGAACACAGAAAAUAUAAAUGGAAUUCUGCUGACAUAUAAUUCUAGUAUAGAACGACCCUCACAUUACUCCCCCGAUGACACCUGUCCCAAUAGAUACGCAGGAUUCAAACAGUGCGAUACCGAGAAACCUUGGAAUCCCUGGGGAUCUGCAUUGCUCAUGGAAGACUGGCCAUUCCCAAUGUUUUAUUUAAAGAAUCAAAGUCAAUUGAAUGAUGUCAAGACUUGUUUCACUACCUUCAAUGCCCAUGAUCGUGAUAGCCAAAGCCAACGAUCACUCUGUGCCUUGGAAAUGAAAUCAUUUAUGUUCUCUGCUGUGGAUUCGGAAACUUGUAUACGACGAAGCAUUCCAAGAUUGAACUUUAAUCCACCGCUAUACUGUGACCCUCUGGGUGACAGAAAUAUAUAUUGGCCAUUAGCAGCACUGGAUAAUCAAACAGAAUCUGUGAUCCUUGUAACAGCACGCUUGGAUGCUUCAACUCUAUUUGACACACUGGCACCAGGCGCUAAUAGCGCAAUCACAGGAUUAGUUACACUCAUCGCUACGGCACACUAUUUGCAUAAUAUGAAUCCAACGGUCGGAAAAACGAACGUUGUAUUUUCACUGUUCAAUGGUGAAGCGUUUGACUACAUAGGGUCUAGUCGAUUUGUGUUCGACUUAAAAAACGGCAGUUUCCAUUCAUUGGGAGAGAAAACUUUAAUGUUUGAUCAAAUUCGCACAGUUGUUGAGCUAGGCCAGCUUGGGGAAGGAGAUAUCUAUCUGCAUUCCAGCAAUUAUGAAAACGAUUCACUAAUAACUGCAUUGAUCCCAAAGUUAUCUGCAAAAGUUUUAAAAGACAGCGUACCACCUGCGUCAAUCCAAAGUUUCCUGGCUGAAAGCUCUACUAUUAGUGCAACAGUAAUUGCAAGCCAUGGGGUAAAUUUUACAAACAAGUAUUAUCACAGUAUUCUGGAUGAUGCAGAAAGUGUCAAUUUCACGAGCUCUGAAUCUGGUCUUGCCAAAAGCCUAGAUAAAAUUGCACUAGAGCUUGCUAAUCAGUUAUUUAUCAUUGUUACUGGGACAAAUACAUCUAGUAAUGGUUCUGGAAAUAUCGAGAACCUCAUUUCAAAAAUGCUUUCUUGUUACCUGGAAAGCGCUAACUGUUCUUUAUUCAAGUCAGCUUCUGCUCCUGGUCACCAAUUGCCGGAUCAAGUCCUGCCACUGUAUGUUGGCGUUAACAGAUCGCUAAAUUAUGUGACAACUUAUACUGGACAGCUGUUGGCCUUAUUGACAGGUACAACACUGGCUGAAUAUAAUUCCAGUAUGUGCUAUGAAAACCAAUCCCUUUGGAUGGCAGGGCUUAAUUUCCAAGGGACGUGCAUCAGAUCCGCAGUCAAUUACAGCUUUGCAACAAGCCCAGCUUUCCUAAUAGAUGGAUAUGAUAUGAAAUCCGGAUAUUAUUCUACAUGGACAGAAUCCGUGUGGCAGGUACUAAGCAUGAAGAUGUUUCUGAAGCCCUCUGUGGCAGCAGAACGUUUGAACGUGAUCCUUGGAAGUUUAGUUGCAAUUGCUUCGUUUAUCAUAGUCUGGUUUAUCCAGUUCCGUGCUGAUCUUCUUUUCAAUCAGAUCGGAACUGCGGAUUGCUAGGGAUACGCCGCGAACCACAUGACAAUGACCAGGCUAGAUUUGCGUCGAGAAGAACGUAAUGUUCCAGUAACUAGUCUUUGAAUUCAAAAUGUGUGUGGUUACGCCCUCGGACAAAUUAUUUGAAAUUUUCAUUAUUUAGGGUCCACCAAUUCUUUUGUAAAUAUGCAGCUGUUUUAAGGACAUUCAAUACUUUGGCCUUUACUCUGUCGGCUAAGUAUUAUGCAACAAUAACUUAUCACUGCAAACGCUAAGGAUCUAACAUUUUAUUUAUUAUACCUAAAGGAUUAGCGCGCGUUCACCUCAAUGAAAGUGAACCUCGCCAUUUUUAUUUUUUUAUGCUCUCUCUACUUAUGAUAUAAACUGAUGCAUACAGUUAGAAAUGGAAUUGAGCAGUGCAUAACAUUGUAAUAUGUAAUAUUAUUAAUUGUGAAUUAAUUUGAUUGUAAUUACGUUCAUCAGAAGUGUAUGUCCCAUAUUAAUUAAAAUCUUGACUGAUUUUUACGUCUAAAACGAGUAUUCAACUUAAAACAACAAAUGUGCAGUAUCACACUUUAUGUGUUCUAAUAAUUUAUCUGCAGUGGUAGAAUAACAAAUUGCAGUACUAGCAAUACAGUUGUCAUUAGGUGAGCAAAAAAUCUCAAUAUUAGAAGAGUUGUAGAAUAUUGUUUAGGAAAGCUAGAAGGGAAAGAGAAAAAUGAGAACUUGUUAGCUAAACAGUUACACAUAGCUUAAGGCGGUGGUCACUGUUUCGUGCUUGAUUUUUAACUUGACUUUAAACAGCUGUUACGGAUAUGGAAAGGUUCGAAAUUAACGAACCAUUACACGGCUAAGAUUCUAGUUUUAUCUCCACUUUAAGUUUCGAAACUCGAAAAAAAAUGGCCCAUAAUUGUUUAACUAAGCAUAUUUCACUCAGGACAUGUUAAAACUCAAGAAGAAUUACGAAAAACAUGAAUUAAUCAAAUUUUGUCACGUCUUUCGUUCGCAACUUUUCACUUAUGAAAAGUGUUGAAUAAAGUCACUUCGAGUAAAAUGAGGGGAAUUGAAUAGUAAGGGACCAAUUUGCAAAUUUUAAAGCUUGAAAUAAAGAUGAAAAUAGUAUCUUUCAGCCGCAUAACCGUUGUGUUUUUGUUAACCUUCCUGUAUCAAUAGCAGCUGAUCGAAGUUGACCUAAAAAUCAAGCACGAAAGGGUGGUCACUACAGCUGAACCUUAAGACGAAAAUGAGUGAAUCUGUCAUUUUGUUUGUCUAAUACUAUUGCUAUGUUACGUUGGUGGCUAAGUCGCUACUCAUAUAUGUAAUUUUCUCAUUUCAAGUUUUCUACACUUUUUUCUGAAAAAUCAUUACUAUUGGACAUUACUGUUCAACAACAUAUACUGCAUUAAUCUUGACCAAUAUAAGUUGAAACAAUCACAGAAUGUCCAAUAUGAGAAAAUUGCAAAAAAGCUUAAACAUUUUUUUAUUCUUUCUGUAUUAUCCAAAAACCACUAUAAUAUUGGCUUCGCACAACUGUAAAAGGCUCUCAGUAAUAAAAUCAUGGCAUCACCCAGUUUUUACAUUUUAGAUUAAGUUGCUUUUUGCUCAAGGAUUUUGUUACACAGCGAGACUAACAUACUGCUAACACAAAGGUACUAAAUUUGAUAAUCACAGCAUUAUUUCUACGUGACUACGAAUUUCUUUGAUUCAGAUCAUAUGAUGGAGUGAGAACACUUUGAAAUUUUAUGAUUUGAAAAAUGUUUACCCGUCAAUAUAACUGGACAGGGAACCAAACACAUCAUCAAUCUUCUUCAACUAUCAAUUGUUUGGUGCAGCUGGAUUAUUUUCUCAACCAUUCUCUGCUUCUGGUAAUUAUAUGCUCUACAACUAUUUGUAUGUUACUUCUCAAUGUGGAUAAUACGUUGAUAAAGAAUUAUUCUAUGGGCUUUAAUGGAAAACAGAUGAACUCAAAAAUUUUCAAACUAAACAUGUACAUUGAAAAGAUGGGGACUGUCAGAUAUUUAUUUCUAUCGAGAGCGUAUAAUACUUUUUUGAAAAAGAUCAUUAUGCAGAUACUAGUAUUUACACGAAGCUAUAUGUAAUAUAGUUGGAGCACAGAAAGUGAUAACAAGUAACAUAGCUUGUCAUAAAGAUGGAGGAGUCGGAUGCCAGUAUUCCUGAUGUAAACAAAAUUUUCACAAUAUUAUACUCAAUAUUAUGAUUCAUAUAACUAGAAAAUUAUUUACCUUCACAUUUUGGGGACUGCACCAGUUUCCUUCACAAUCAUAAACAAACACGAUGGAUAAAAUCGAAGGCAACUUCAAAAUUUCAGGAAAAUAAAGUUAUUUGUUCUUUGUCAAGUCACUUUUCGGUAUAUAAUAAUUUUAAUUGAUCAAGCUUUUUGUAGAUAUAAGAUGUAAAUAUAACUGUACAAGAUGUAAGAUGAUAUUGUAAAAAAUAUGGGGGAUUUUUGCAAGCGUGAUGGCAUUUAUUAUCAAUAAACUUAAUUAAUAGGUCGUAGAUGUACACGAGAGAAAAAGAGAGAGGAAAAGAGAAAUUCAUUUUUUUGAUUUCACCAGUAUGCAAUAUUUUUUUUGACUGUAUGCAUUAUAUGUUUACUCUUACUUCCUGUGUGUACAUUGUAAUCUUCAUUUUCAACUCAGCAGGGAGUGGUUUCAAAUUUAUCAGAUUCGCAUCAGAAUAUGGAAAGUAAUUUGAAUUGU